AUGGACCAAUCGGAGGCCAGCUCUCCAGGCCUCCACACGGGGUCAGCCCAGAUGCCUGAUCAGCAUAAUCGUUGUAAGGCCUCUCUUGCCUCGCGCUGGCCUCGCUCUCAACUCCAAACUCGUGCAUUCGCCUGCCUGCUCUACCCACACCUAUCACACACUCUCUCUCUCUCUCUCUCCCGUUGCUCAAGGAGUCUCCUGACACUUCGGCCUUCCUACUCGCCAACACGCCCGUCGGCACGUCAGCUCGUCAACCCGUCAGCCAGCCGAACAGCCGAACAGCCGAACAGCCGACCAGCCAGACUGCCAAACGGGUCGGCUGCCUUAGUCAGGGCAACGGGGUCGAGCGGUUACAGAUUUGCGCUCAUCCUCAACCUCUUCGGUAAGUGCUCCAUUUGCUUGCAACUGCCAUCUUCCCAUUUCGGGACAAAGGCGCCAACCACAUGGAAACUGUCCGAGGCAGUUAUGACAGCGGACAGGGAGGCAGAUCGAGUGGGAUUCGCUUGGAUACAUGUUAUUCACGAACCCGAGUAUAGGCAGACUCACUUAGAUCCGCUUUGA